AUGUAGUCAGCUCAGGCGUAGGAUCGCCAAAAUUAUUGGACUAAAUGGGUUUGUUUCAAUUUUGUAAUCCCCUAGAGAAUCUAAAGUUGCAGGAGUAGUAUUAACAAAGAAAACUUGACAAAGCUUGAGCAUUGUUUAUAUGCGUAGCGCACUCUCUUGUGCAAUUGUGUUGCUUCGCGACCACGUCUUGUGGCUUCCUCUCCUCGCCCAAAAGCCAAGGAUUCCAAGGCUCCCAAACUCCGUCGCAGCCCAGCGCCGAACAAACACAGCCUCGGAAACCCAAGAACCGCGCGCGCAGAUUACACGAACCUUGCCAAAGCAAUGGCGGAGGCGGGCACGGCUCCACCGCAAACUAGAUUAGCUAGGACUAGGAGUGAUGUCUCCGCAAGAUUGCAGCAGGUUCUUGCGCUGCUUUUCCCUUCCAACCUCGCCGCGAAGGCCGCGCUGUUCGCCGUCGUGGUGGCGCUGCUGUCGCUGCUGCCGUCGAGCCAGGCACCCAGGAUCUGGGAGCUGCCUCACCUCCUCCUGCUCGGCAUCAUCAUCUCCUACGGCGUCUUCGGCCAGAAGAACGCCGACGCCGAGGUGGCCGCGUCGGUGGCUGCCAAGCCCGUCGUCGACGAGUCGUCGGCGGAGGCUUACGUCUCACAGAUAAUGCAGGGUUCUCUGGUCUUUGAAGACAACACUGUCGACGGCGACGGAGACGGUGGUGGCGCCAAGGAUGGUGGCAUCCAGGCGUGGAACUCUCGGUACCUCCCAGACUACCCCCUCGUCGUCGUUGCCGAGGCCGGGGGCAACAACGGCAAGGGCGACGCCAGCGAGGAGCCGCUCCUCCUGCCGGUGAGGAAGCUGAAGCCGGCGCCCGAGGAGUCACCACCACUAACUGGGUAUAUAAGUGACGGCAUUGAGGAAGAAGAGGUGUUCCUUGCUCCCAAGGCAGGAUACAACGGCGUCCGCGAGCACGCCAUCCCUUCGCCGUCCUCUGUCCUCGACGCCGACCUGACCCUCUCGCCAAGUUCGCCGCCUCCACCACCGCCACCGCCGCCGUUUCUUGGCCGUGGAUGCAGCCUCCGGAAGGCCAAGGCAAGAAGCUUCAACGAAUUCGGGGUCGGCAACCGGAGCAUGAACGGAAGGUUUGGCUUGCGGAGCAUGAGCAAUAAGCAGCUCCAGUCCAAAUCGGCUGUCCAAUCGACGAGGAGUACUUUCGCCAGCUACGAUCCUGCAGUGCCAGUUGAUGACGAAGCUGAUGGCGGCGAGUUGGAUGAGAUGCUUGCGGCGUCAGAUAGUUCCUUCAGCAGCGACAUGGUUACUGACGACGACGAUGACAAGGUCCACAAGGAGGAAAACAGCUACGAGGAGGAGGAGGAGGACGGCAACACCUGCUACGAGGAGCUCUUUGAACUGGCGACGAGACCGGGUGCGGAGGCGGAGGAGGAGACGGAGGACGAGGUGGACAGGAAGGCUGACGAGUUCAUAGCCAAGUUCAGGGAGCAGAUUAGAAUGCAGAAGGUCGAGCCGGCCAGGUGAUGACCAAACACGGGGCCACGCGAUUUACGUUCAAAGAAGUGUUACCGCCGUAUUGCUAGCGUUACGAGCCUGGAGUCCCUCAUGUAUGAUGCCGUGCCUUUCUUUUACGCUUCUUCUUUCCUUUUGUGUGUUCUGAUGUAAUUAGAACCUGAACAAAUGGUGCAACAAAUGGAGCCUGGGUUAUGGUCAUAACACGAUGUUCGUUCAAUCCAUGGAUUGACCAUUUGCAUUGUCUGACUUAUCCGGGAGAAGCCUGGUACAACUGUAGAGCCAUCUCUCUGAGGACUGAGGCCAACUAGAGCCAGAACUCUCUCUCCCUCUUUGAGUCAGAACUCUCUUUUGAGAGGGGUCCACGGAGGCA